AUGAAAAUCCUUAGCUGGAAUGCGCGUGGUUUGGGGAAUCCUAGCGCAUUCAGACAACUUCGUUUGCUUGUGAAGCAACAAUCUCCUCAUGUAUUAUUUAUUAUGGAAACUAAAUUAGUAUGUAAUGAAGUUACUCGUUUUCGUCAAGCUUUACAUUUUCCUAAUGGGUUAGAGGUUCCUAGGGUCGAGUUAAGUGGGGGUUUGUUUUUGUUAUGGAAAGACAAUGUAGAUGUAAAUCUUCUUAAUUAUAAUAUAAAUAUAUUUGAUUGCUACAUGAAGUGUGAUAAUGGGCCAUCUUGGCAUUUCUCUGCUUUUUAUGGCGCUUCUGAAACUCACAAUCGAAUUCACACCUGGAAACUCCUUGAGAGAUGUAAGGAUGUCGCUCCUUUGAUGCCUUGGCUUGUGAUUGGCGAUUUCAAUGAAAUUCUUUCAAAUGAAAAUAAACAUGGCGGGGCGUUACGAUGUGAGCAACAAAUGGACAAAUUUCGAUCAGUUUUGGACAUAUGCUACCUUUAUGAGCAACCUUUUGACGGAGAUCCUUUCACUUGGAUUAAAGGGCGUCACAAUGUCAAUGCAAUGAAGGAAAGGCUUGAUUGGUGUUUUGUAAAUGAUCAAUGGAGUAAUACUUUUCAGCCGAUUUUAACCAAACACCUGGACUAUUAUAAAUCAGACCAUAGAGCAAUAACAGUUGAAGUUGUUCCUUUGGCACACCAACAACCUGAAGUUAAGAGGCUCUCACGGUUCAGAUUUGAAAAAUUAUGGCUGUCCGAUUCUGCAGCAACCGAUAUCAUCCAUCAGACUUGGAAAAAAAGUUUGCAAGGUACUGCAAUUGACAAUUUCUGCACUAAUAUAGAGGCUUGUUCCAGUUCUUUACAACAAUGGCAUCACCAUAAAUAUAGCAAUUUCAAGAAGAAAAUCACAGCUGCUCAUAAAGAGGUAGAACUUCUUAAUAACCAACAAGUCCGAACUGAUGUUUCAAUGUGCAAUCUAAAAAAAAUGGAGGAUACUCUAGAUGAAUUGCUCUCCCAAGAAGAGGUUUAUUGGCAGGAAAGAUCAAGAAUUGAUUGGUUACAAUGUGGAGAUGAGAAUACAAAAUGUUUUCAUGCUUAUGCGUCUUCACGAAAGACCAACAACACAAUCAAAUCGUUGCAUAAUGAGGAUGGUGUUGUUGUCACUUCAAAGCACGGGAUGACUGAUGUUAUUUGCAAUUUUUUUGGGGACUUAUUCUUUGCUUCGGGUACACACACAGAAGCUUUGCAGCAGGUUUUACAUGCAAUUCCCACUACUGUUACUGCUGAAAUGAACGACUCGCUGUUACGUCCUUUUUCAGACAAAGAAGUACUUGAUGCUCUUCACUCAAUGAGUCCUGACAAAAGCCCUGGCAGUGAUGGUAUGUCUGCCAUGUUUUAUCAACAUUGUUGGGAUCAUGUAGGCACCGAUGUCACAGAUGUAGUCCUUGGAGUUUUGAAUGAGGGUCAUGAUAUGAGCAGAAUAAAUAACUCAAUCAUAACUCUCAUCCCAAAGAUCAAAAAACCGAAAGCCAUGGGGGAUUAUAGACCUAUUAGUCUAUGUAAUGUGAUUUACAAGUUGAUUUCCAAAGUGAUAGUGCUACGGUUUAAAGAUGUUCUACCUUUCGUGAUAUCUGAGAAUCAGAGUGCUUUCCUCCCAAACCGUCUGAUCACUGACAACAUUCUUGUUGCUUUUGAAUUGGUUCAUCACCUCAAACACAAGACUCAAGGCAAUAAGGGUUUUUCGGCGCUCAAGCUGGAUAUGAGCAAGGCUUUUGAUAGAGUUGAAUGGGAUUAUUUGUCUGCGGUAAUGGAAAAAAUGGGUUUUGCUCAUCAAUGGAUCUCUCUCAUUAUGCGGUUUUUAUUGUCCAAUAGUUUCUCCUUUCAGCUAAAUGGAGAAAUUGUGGGCAAUGUCUGGCCAACAAGAGGACUUCGUCAAGAGUCUGCUUUAGCCAUAAAAAAGAUUUUGGAGAUCUACCGUCAAGCUUCAGGACAAUUCCUUAAUACCAACAAGUCAAUCAUGUCUUUCUCACCCAACACUUCACACGAUGCAAGAACUUUCUUCAGCCAAACUUUGGGGAUGCCAAUCUGUGAAUGUCAUGAGACUUACCUAGGUCUUCCUGCAUACUCAAGUCAUAACAAGAAGGAGUUAUUUAGUAAUGUCAAGGACAGAAUAUGGAAGCUCCUAACUGCUUGGAAUGACAAACUGUUUUCUAUUGGGGGGAAAGAAGUACUUUUGAAAGCGGUGGUGCAAUCGAUUCCUACAUACGCAAUGAGUUGUUUUCGCUUGCCAUUGGGUUUCUGCAAUCAAAUAGAGUCUAUGAUGGAAAAUUUUUGGUGGGGUUCUAAUAAGGAUGGGUCUAAAAUACAUUGGAAAAGAUGGAAGUUACUCUCUCGUCUUUUGAAGCACAGAUACUUUCCAAGUAACACCUUUCUGGAAGCACACAAGGGUCACUCCCCAUCUUUAACAUGGCAAGGAAUUCACUGGGGUCGAGAGCUACUUCUUAAGGGACUGCGGUACAAGAUUGGUAAUGGUUUUCAUGUACGAUGUGGAAUUGAUCCUUGGAUCCCAGGACAUGAUGAGUUCAAGCUAAUAUACUUCUCAGGGGAACCAUCCACGCCAGUAUCUACUUACAUACAUGAUACUAUGGAAUGGAAUCUGCCUCUCUUACAUGAAGAUUUUGCCCAAAUUGAUAUUGAUCGGAUCCUCACUACCCCUUUAAGCUUUUACCAGUCAACUGAUCGGCUUUUCUGGCAUCAUACUACAAAUGGUCUAUACAGUGUCAAAUCAGGCUUUCACCUUGCAAGCUCUAUCUCUGAGAAACACCAAGAAUCGUCCUCGGAUGAUCACAAGUCGUGGUGGAAAUAUUUUUGGGCAUUGCAAAUUCCCCCAAAGGUUAAAAUAUUUGCUUGGAAAGUUGUCCAAAAUGCCCUACCGGUUGCCACAGGUUUGCACAAACGAAAUGUAAUUGACUCUGCUUUAUGUUCAAGGUGUAAACAUGCAUGGGAAUCAAUUGGACAUGCCUUGUUCUCAUGUAAAUCCGCCAAGGCUGUUUGGAAAGGUACUAAGUUUCUAAUUGAUUAUCACCAUGCUCACAGUAUGUUUAAUGGAGAUUAUCUAAUUCAUUUGGCAACUACAAUGGAAAAAAUGGAUGUUGAAGAAAUCAUAUGUGUUAUGUGGAGCAUUUGGAAUGAUAGGAACAAAGUACUACAUGGUGGCUUACCAAGAGAUCCUAUUUCAAUUGCAUCCUUUGCUUUGAAUUACAUUGAGAAAAAUAGAAGUGCCAAGGGCUUAUCCUGCAAAAAAUUGCAGCAGGAAAUUACACACCGAAAUGCCACUUCCCAAUCAAGACCUGUACACCAAACUUCCUCCAACCAAGAAUUUGUUCAAGGUCCUCACCUCACGGCUGUAAACUCUCAAGGAAUGCCAACACUACACACCAUGUCUGCUCCUAGCCGAUCACCAUGUCAGCAGUUUAGAGAGAACCAUACUGAACUGCAACCUCAAACUGCCUCGCACCAGCACCCAGCAGCAGCAGCACAAUUUCCACAUAACAAUUCUGAUGCAGCAGGCAGUGUCCCACGUCAGCAGCUCUUAGACAACAUUUCUUGGACUCCUCCAGCUAUGAAUGAACUUAAAAUGAAUGUUGAUGCUGCAGCAAAUUUUAAAGAUCAAACACUAGGAAUUGGCGCUGUAGUUCGCAACUAUAAAGGAGCAGUGAUCGCUGCCCUCUCUAAACGAGUUCAAGGAUGCUUUCGUAGUGAUGAAAUGGAAGCGAAGGCGCUCUUUCAUAGUCUCAAUUGGGUUAAACAAUAUCCUUUUUUAAUUGCUAUGGUGGAAACAGAUGCGCUACGAGUUUCCUCUGCUCUAAACUCUUCUCAUAAGGAUUUAUCAUGUUUUGCAGAUUUAAUCGAUGAUGUUCGUUGUCUUUUAUCCUCUUUCCCUAGAGUUACUAUUAUCCAUGCUCGUAGGCAGGCUAACAAAGCUGCCCAUGGCUUGGCUAGGUACGCUCUAGAGUUGGAUGAAGAUUGUCGUAUCCCUAUUGUAGUUUCUGAACAUGCUAAUGGGCUUUUCUUGGUGACCUUUGAGUGUGAGGGGGAUAAGGGUAGAAUUCCAGAGGGUCAGUCAUGGCACUUUUCUCAAAGUGUCACAAUUUUUGCAGCUCCUCAUAACUCUUUUCCCAUUACUCAUGAGUAUCUUCACUAUGCCAUUUUGGAUCCAGAUAAAACUAUUAUUGGGAAGGGUAUUGGGCCUUACCUGAGGAUGAGAAUCCUUCUUGAUGUAAAUUUUCCUCUUAGAAGGGGUCUGAAUCUUCAGUUUAUUAAAACAGGUAGGGAGAUCAUCAAAUGGUUGUUCUUUAAAUAUGAAAGGCUGCCUGAUUUCUGUUACUUUUGUGGAAAACUUGAUCAUACUAGGAAAUAA